AUGUCUUCCUACUACUCCUCUCGUCCUAGCGGUUCCCAGGACCUUGGUGAGAAGCUUGGCCAAAACAUGGCCGAGAAGUAUUGCUGCAAGAUUGGCGGUGAGUGGAAGCCAAUGUCUGGCUUCUCCAAGAAGCAGCAGAAGCUUGUUCAAGACAAGCUUGAUCGACACGCCAGAGUCAACCGUGCCAACACUGGUAUGGUCUGCCGCGUCCACUCGGGCGAGCCCGUCAAUGAGCUCCGAUGUGAAGGUCCCUGUGACGAGAUCAAGACCUUGGACCAGUUCUCCAAGAAUAACAGAACCAAUGGCGUCAACAUCUGCAAGUCUUGCCAGCACUGGAUCAACACCCAGGAGCCCGGCUAUACUCCCUGGGCCGGUCCUAACACUCAACUGGACCCCCUGGAGAACACGGAUGACUACGCGAGUCACCUCCCGACUGAUCCCUCUGAGAUCUUUGACUUCCGUAGUGAGGUUGACCGGCCCCUCGCUCCUAUUACUGGAACCAACGGCCUCACUGUCGAGAAUGACCUCUUGACUCGCAUUGAAUCUCUGGGCAUCGAGACUCGUCAGCACUAUGUUACCGGCCCGAUCGGCCUUGGGGCUCGUAAUGACGGCCGUGCUAGCUACAAUGCCAUCGCCUCCGGCCUAGGCAGCGAGAGCAUUGCCUCUGCUGCUACCUCGGCUAUCGCAGGUACCACCGAGACAGGUCGUGACUACGAGUUUCACAACACCUUCCUGGAUGUUAACUUCAACGCUUAUGACUCGGCUGGCAAAAAGCACAUCAAGACCAAGGCCCCCACUACGCAGUCCAAUGACUCUUCUAUCAUGACCUCCACGAAGACUGCUUCGAAGAGUCGCGUCCACACCCUUGAGGGAGGUCGCCCCGAGAACGGACCCAACACCACUGCUUUCGCUACUUUCAGCGUUGCCCCUAGCGGUCCCUGGCCCGGUAAUCGUCAGCGCGAUAGAAAGCAGCUCACCAAGGAGGAGCACCGCGCGCUCCAGAGAGGCAGGCAUCAGCCCCCGACGCUCUUCAACCCCAUUCCUUACGGCAACGGCGAUGACGAUAGCGACGACGAGUAG